AAGGCAGUCGGUGAAGGCAAGUGGAAGGCAUGACCCCCUCCUCAGACAAAGAUCUCAACGGGCUAGAUAACCCCAGCUUUGUGGAUGAAGAUGGGAGCCACUGCUGUUCCUCAUCAGCUUGUGCUGCCUGGGGCCCAGAGGAAGGUGGGGGCACUGGCCCCAGUGGGAUCAAGCUUGGCUACACUGUCAUAGAUGUGCCUCCCUGGUAUCUGUGCAUCCUGCUGGGCAUUCAGCACUUCUUGACAGCCAUGGGAGGUCUUGUAGCCGUCCCGCUGAUCCUGUCCGAAGGGCUUUGCCUCCAGCAUGAUCUACUGACCCAGAGCCACCUGAUCAGCACCAUCUUCUUUGUCUCAGGAAUUUGCACCCUGCUGCAAGUCCUCUUUGGAGUCAGGCUGCCUAUUAUUCAAGGAGGGACUUUCACAUUCCUGGCCCCCACCUUGGCAAUGCUGUCUCUUCCCACUUGGAAGUGUCCUGCCUGGACACAGAAUGCCACCCUGGUCAAUGCCUCUUCACCAGAAUUUGUCCAAGUCUGGCAGACACGGAUGCGAGAGGUGCAAGGAACUAUCAUUGUAGCUUCCUGCUUUCAAAUCUUCGUUGGAUUUUCUGGCCUGAUUGGAUUUCUGAUGAGGUUCAUCGGCCCCCUGACGAUUGCCCCCACCAUCACCUUGGUUGCACUACCUCUGUUUGAGUCAGCUGGGGAUAUGGCUGGGCAGCACUGGGGUGUAGCAUUCAUGACUAUUUUUUUCAUAGUUCUGUUCUCUCAGUACCUGAAAAAUGUCGCUGUGCCACUGCCAUCUUACCAGAGAGGCAAGAAGUUCCACUUCUCUCCAAUCUACCUCUUCCAGAUCUUCCCGGUGCUGCUGGGGCUCUCCCUGAGCUGGCUGCUCUGCUACGCGCUGACAGUGACCAGCGUCCUCCCUGCGGCCCCCACUGCCUACGGCCACCAGGCCCGGACAGACACCCGUGGGGACGUUCUGUCACAGGCUCCCUGGUUUCGGCUGCCUUACCCAGGCCAGUGGGGAACGCCAACGGUGAGCCUGGCCGGGAUCUUUGGCAUCUUAGCCGGGGUGAUUUCCUCCAUGCUGGAGUCCGUGGGAGAUUACUACGCCUGUGCCCGCCUGUGCGGGGCCCCGCCGCCGCCGAAGCACGCCAUCAGCCGCGGGAUCGGGGUGGAGGGCAUCGGCUGCCUCCUGGCUGGGGCCUGGGGCACGGGCAGCGGCACCACAUCCUACAGCGAGAACGUGGGGGCCCUGGGCAUCACCAAGGUAGGGAGUCGAAUGGUGAUCAUUGCUGGUGCCUGUGCCAUGCUCCUGAGCGGCGUCUUUGGGAAAAUUGGGGCAAUACUUGCCAGCAUUCCUAUCCCUGUGAUUGGAGGCAUGUUCCUUGUGAUGUUCGGAGUUAUCACGGCAGUGGGGAUUUCCAAUUUACAGUACACAGAUAUGAACUCCUCAAGAAACAUCUUUAUCUUUGGAUUUUCUGUAUUUGCUGGCCUCACAAUUCCCAACUGGGCAAGCAAAAAUAGCACGCUGCUGGAAACAGGAAUCAUCCAGCUUGACCAAGUGAUCCUGGUGCUUCUCACCACUGGCAUGUUUGUAGGUGGACUUCUGGGCUUUAUCCUGGAUAACACCAUUCCAGGAACACAGGAGGAGCGGGGGCUCCUGGCGUGGAAGCAAAGCCACGAGGGAGGGAUGGAGAGCUCUCAGCUUGUUUCCAAGGUCUAUGAUCUUCCCUUCGGCAUAGGCACCAAAUACUGCAACGUCUCUUGGUUUCGCUAUCUCCCUGCUUGCCCCAAAAGACUUUCUCCUGACAAGAGAAUGGAUGAACUGAAGGCUGUUGGACAGAAAAACAGUGUUAAAGCAAGCUUAGAAAGAAACUCUGAGAUUGGUGCUGAUACAAGGAUAUAAGCACCUGGCCUGCAAGUGAACUCAUCUCAGAAACAGAGGUCUGAAACUGUGUCUGCAGCCCCCAUCAUCUGAGCAUGAGCUGGCAGCUGUUAGAGGGGGGAACAGGAGAAGGAUAAUGUCUUCCUCUUCCCAGCUCUGCCCACUGUACCACUGGUGACCUUGAGGAAGUCAAUUUUUCUUCUCUCUUCCUGCCUGCCCACUUCUAGGAAGAACCUAGUCCCUCUUCGGGGGACACCAAAGCCCAAGAAAUGCCUAGGAAAGAUGUUCUGUUUCCUUCCUUGCACUGACCCUUGGGCACCCUAAGGAGCCAAUGGAGAAGGCAUCCCUGAUAUGGGCCCUGUGCUACUCUCAGGCAUCCCUUGGGCCGGGGUUAAUCCCCAGCACCUUAGAGCAACACUCACCUCUCACCUCAUGUUUUAUACCUCAUCCUAGCCAAGGGGAAGGAGCAGGCACCUCUAGGUCAUGAUUCAUCUCAUUCCAUAUUCCCAUAAUUUAGUCAGCCAAAUGAAUGUUAUUGUAAGAGAGGCAUUUCAAGUUAAUGGGAUGGAUUUUCUUCUGAACCUGUCUCUUCUGCCUUAGACCACAAAGGGCUCUGGAGACCUUACUUAGGUUCUUGACCUAACAGAAAAACCCAGCUUCACUGAAAUGUAUCCCACCUGGAGUGCUGGGAGGAGUCUCAGGCAAGCCAGUUUCCUGUAGGGCAGCCAACCCUACAAAGAUGAAGGAAUCCUCAUCAAAUAUAAAGGAGAAAACAUUUCUGCUCACAAUCUUGCACAUCCCUAUGCUACUGCUAUGUCCUGUGUACCCUUGCUGUACCUGUUUGGUCUGGUGAGGUGACAAGCACUUCUCUGGAAAACAGGUGUGCAGAUUAUUGCUCCUAUUCCCUAUUAGCAGAAACAGCCUCAAUCUGUAUGGCCACAUGCAGUGUGAUCACACGUGGUCCUGGUUUCUGGUGGUGUGUAAUAACAUUGUUGCUGUAGCAUAAGCUUGUGUUUCCUUCAUUGAGAUUUAUGCUUCCUUUUUUGUAAGUAUAAUAAAUAAAAUGUACACUGUAA